AUGUCGAACGACCGCUCGGCAUCGCCUAUAUCCGUACCGCCUUCAUCGAGGCACCAGCGCCGGGCUUCCUUAGCAUCCGGCCUUUCUUUCACGGAUUAUCUUUCCAAGUCGGGGAAUUCCACCUCAGGCCCCCCAACCAGCCCCAUGGCCAGCGCGGUAGCCAACGCGCAGUCAAACCAAGGACGAAGGCUAUCCAUUACGACACUGGGGCUCUCGGGUUCUCCCACUCAGGGUUCAUCAUUGGGGGGCAGGAACCCUCGGCAAGGCAGUGUAUCUAGUUCCGCGGGGUCCAAUUCGGCCGUGUUUGAGGAUGCGGUGAUGGAGGAUAGCGAAAAUGGACCUCCUAGUGCUGCUCCGAGCUCGCCGUUCGCGCGGCGGGUGUCCUUUGGUGCACAGGCCCUGCGGGACGUCCGUGCAGGAAGUAUUGGCAAUGGUAGAUACCCCCCUCCUGCGUCAUCGGCCAGCAGAAACAGUAUCAUGAAAGUGUCCACCGGGUCACUUGCUGCAAGUACAGAUACAGUUUCUCCCCAGAACGAAAGGUCUAACAUGUCUUGGCGGCAAUUAGGCGAAGGCUUCAACUGGUCCGAAGCUCUUAGGACCCGCGCAGAACGUGCCCCGUCCUUUGGGGCCGUGUCCCCCACUGCGCCUUCGAACCAGCAGCAUUCGGCCGGCUUUGGACAGUCUGGCCACCACCAGCGCGCGGCGUCAAUUGCCUCCAUGGAGCAACCGGCUCGGGAAAUGCCGAAACAGCCCCGGCAGAAUAAGCCGGAUUUUUUCCAGGAAAAGAUCCUGAGAGGAGACUUCAUGGAUUAA